GCCGCAAUUUACCAAUUUCAAAAAAAAAUUUUCACUGAACGAAGGCGGUUGUGCCGCGGACAAAAUAUUUAAAAUAUUUUUUGAAACGAGAAGACCGGAAAAGCGAAUCGAACUAUCUUCCGUGGAAGCAUUAAACAUAUUAACGGUCGCGCGAUUUAAAAUAACUGAAAAUAUCGCAACGAAAUAAAACGAAGAAAAGUGUGUGCCGCGAACUGCCAGUGAAAUUAAUUUCCCGCGAAUGUUGGCAGUUCCGAAUUUGAAAUUCAAAAAGUGAAAGAACCGACACAAAUAAGCGCUAGUGAUCUUCUUAGUUUGAAAACGCAAAAAGUGAAUUUUGUGUUCUGUUCUCUGUUGUUUGCGCCAAAAAAUUCAACAAAAAUCGCCACGGUGCAGCGCCGUUAGUUUUCCUUCUCCCUUUUCUGCGUUGCGCGAAAAGGAGGAGGCGAGUGAAGCAGGCCGCUAAAAAAUAAGUUUCGCGAAAAUUAUAAAUAAACACAACAUACAGCAACAACAAAAAUGUGGCUCGUGCACGUGUAGCUAGGCAGCAACAACAAAAAUGCUAAAGGCGAAUAAUCGCAGGCAGCAGAUUAGCGAAAAAUACAACAAAUAAAUACAUUAAACAAUUUGAGUAGUUGCUGCACAUACACACACAUAUACAACACACACGCACCACAUCACACACUCACACUCAACACACACCCGUGGAUUAUUACACUAAAAAGCGACACUCAAUUCAUCCCAAAAAACAAUAAACAUGCAUUGGAUUAAAUGUUUAUUAACGGCAUUCAUUUGCUGCACAGUCAUCGUACAGGUUCACAGUUCCGGCAGCUUUGAGUUGCGACUGAAGUACUUCAGCAACGAGCAUGGGCGCGACCAUGAGGGUCGCUGCUGCAGCGGGGACGCGGAUGCGGCAACGGGCAAAUGUCUGGGCAGCUGCAAGACGCGGUUUCGCGUCUGCCUGAAGCACUACCAGGCCACCAUCGACACCACCUCGCAGUGCACCUACGGGGACGUGGUGACGCCCAUUCUAGGCGAGAACUCGGUCAACCUGACCGAUGCGCAGCGCUUUCAGAACAAGGGCUUCACGAACCCCAUCCAGUUCCCCUUUCAGUUCUCAUGGCCGGGCACCUUCUCGCUGAUCGUCGAGGCCUGGCAUGACACGAACAACAGCGGCAACGCCCGUUCCAACAAUCAACUUAUCCAGCGGUUGUUGGUGCAGCAGGUACUCGAGGUGUCCUCCGAGUGGAAGACCAACAAGUCGGAGUCGCAGUACACGUCACUGGAGUACGAUUUCCGUGUCACCUGCGAUGCCAACUACUACGGGUCCGGCUGUUCCCAAUUCUGCAGGCCGCGAGACGAUUCCUUCGGCCACUCCACCUGCUCGGAGACGGGAGACAUUAUCUGCUUGACCGGAUGGCAGGGCGACUACUGUCACAUACCCAAAUGCGCCAAGGGCUGUGAGCAUGGACACUGCGAGAAACCCAAUCAAUGCGUUUGCCAACUGGGUUGGAAGGGAGCGCUGUGCAACGAGUGCGUACUGGAACCUAACUGCAUCCACGGCACCUGCAACAAGCCUUGGACCUGCAUCUGCAACGAGGGCUGGGGUGGCUUGUACUGCAACCAGGAUCUGAACUACUGCACCAACCACCGUCCCUGCAAGAACGGCGGCACCUGCUUCAACACAGGCGAGGGACUGUACACCUGCAAGUGCGCACCCGGAUUCAGUGGCGACGAUUGCGAGACUGAGAUUUACUCCUGCGACGCCGAUGUGAAUCCCUGCCAGAAUGGCGGAACCUGCGUGGAUGAGCCGCCUUCGAAGACGGGCUACAAGUGCCACUGCCCCAGUGGCUGGAGCGGAAAGAUGUGCGAGGAGAAAGUGCUCACCUGCUCCGAUAAGCCCUGCCACCAGGGUACCUGUCGCAACGUCCGCCCGGGAUUGGGGGGCAAGGGUCAGGGUUACCAGUGCGAGUGUCCCAUCGGCUACAGCGGACCCACCUGCGAGCUCCAGCUAGACAACUGCAGCCCGAACCCGUGCCUGAAUGGUGGAAGCUGUCAGCCCAAUGGCAAGUGCAUAUGUCCAGCAGGCUUCACCGGAUUCAAGUGUGAGACAAACAUAGAUGACUGUCUGGGUCACCAGUGCGAAAAUGGCGCCACCUGCAUCGACAUGGUGAAUCAAUAUCGCUGCCAAUGCGUUGCCGGCUUCCAUGGCUCUCACUGCAGCAGCAAGGUGGACUUGUGCCUCAUCAGACCGUGUGCCAAUGGAGGAACCUGCACGAAUCUGAACAACGAUUACCAGUGCACCUGCCGAGCGGGCUUCACCGGAAAGGAUUGCUCCGUGGACAUCGACGAGUGCGGCAGUGGACCCUGCCACAAUGGCGGUACCUGCAUGAACCGGGUGAACUCCUUUGAGUGUGUCUGCGCCAAUGGCUUCCGGGGCAAUCAGUGUGAUGAGGAAUCGUAUGACUCGGUUACCUUCGAUGCCCACCAGUAUGGAGCCACCACCCAGGCGAGAGCCGAUGGCUUGACCAACGCCCAGGUGGUUCUGAUUGCCGUGUUCUCCGUGGCCAUGCCACUGGUGGCGGUCAUCGCCGCCUGUGUGGUCUUCUGCAUGAAGCGGAAGCGAAAGCGCGCUCAGGAAAAGGACGAUGCGGAGGCCAGGAAGCAGAACGAGCAGAACGCGGUGGCCACACUGCACCACAAUGGUAGUGCUGUGGGCGUGGCCUUGGCUUCGGCGUCGUUGGGCGGCAAAACCGGCAGCAGCAGCGGGCUGACCUUCGAUGGCGGUAACCCGAACAUAAUCAAGAACACCUGGGACAAGUCGGUCAACAACAUCUGUGCGUCGGCGGCAGCGGCUGCGGCGGCGGCGGCAGCAGCAGACGAGUGCCUAAUGUAUGGCGGAUACGUGGCCUCGGCGGCGGACAACAACAAUGCCAACUCGGACUUUUGUGUGGCCCCCCUGCAAAGGGCCAAGUCGCAGAAGCAGCUCAACACGGAUCCCACGCUCAUGCAUCGCAGCUCACCCGCCGGCAGCUCCGUAAAGGGAGCACCGGGCGCGGCGGAGGGCAAACGGAUCUCGGUCCUCGGCGAGGGCUCCUACUGCAGCCAGCGCUGGCCUUCGCUGGCGGCGGCUGGUGUGGCGGGGGCCUGCUCCUCCCAGCUGAUGGCUGCCGCCUCGGCGGCGGGAAGUGGGGCGGGGACAGCGCAACAGCAGAGAUCCGUGGUCUGCGGCACUCCGCACAUGUAACUCCGAGAAUGCGGAGGUCCGCGAGGAGCUUACAGCACACACACAAAGAAAAGACUGGGUUGGGUUCGAAAUAUAGGAGAGAGACGCCAAAAUGUUGUUGAUUGAAGCAGUUUAGUCGUCACGAAAAUAGAAACUCUGUAACAGGCAUAACUCGCAAGCUCCCUCAAGUCCCUUAAAAGUAAUUAGCAUGACUGUUGCCCCGCUGUUUCGGUCACUCGAAGAUUAUGGCU